CAGCCUGUCUUCUUCAUCUCCCAUUCCACCCAAAGAGAAAUGGAGCUCGCUUUCCGUCCCUCUCCAAAUCCGCUCCGUUCUCCUUCUCCUUCCCCUCCACUUCCUUUCAACCUCCGUCCCAAGCGCUCCCGCCAUGGACACCCCUUCCGAGUUCGCGCAUCUUCCAAUCCUGGCCCUCCAUUUGGACUCCCCUCGCAGCAUCUGUCCCGGUCGAUUCGACGCGGCUCCCAUCGGUUCUGGCUCAACUUCGGCGUCACAGUGAAGAAGGAAACUGGUUUCAACUUCGGCGUAUCAGCGUCCAAUCCUUCGUUUAUCUCUCUGAUACCUACAGGAGAAGGUAGUGAUCAAUACGACGUGUUCUUGAGCUUUAAUGGCUCAGAUACCCGCAAGGAAUUCACUGAUCACCUCUACCACAGUCUGGUCAACGUAGGGAUUGUACGAAUUCAUGUGUUCAGGGACGAGAACAGUAUCUCCAUUGGCGAGGAAUUUGGCUCAAAGAUUCUCGAUGCCAUCUCACGAUCGAAGAUUUCGAUCCCCAUCAUCUCCGAAAAUUAUGCUUCAAGGAAAUGGUGCCUCCGUGAGCUCAGUCGUAUCAUGUACUGCAAGAAGAGCAUGUCACACGUCGUUUUGCCCAUUUUUUACAAAGUAGCCCCGUCGGAUGUGCGCCAUCUAGACGGAAAAUUUGGAGAGGCCUUCCAUUUGCAUCAAAAGGAUUUUGAUGAGAAAGAUAUUGAGGAAGGGCAACGAGCACUCAAAGAAGUGAGUUACUUAAAUGGAUGGGAAUCCAAGAAAAUUGCUAACGGGCACGAGGGAGAACUGAUAAAGCUUGUGGUCGAAACUGUUCUAAGCGAGUUACGGAAACAUUUUCAGCUAUAUGUUCCUAAGCAACUAGUUGGACUUGAUGGUCAUCUGAAGGAAAUUAUGAAUUGGAUAGACAGUCCUUCCGUCAAUGCUCGAAUGCUUGGAAUUUAUGGCAUGGGCGGGAUAGGCAAGACCACUCUUGCCAAGUGCAUCUACAAUAAACUUUUGAAAAAAUUUGUGCAUGCCAGCUUCCUUCCAGAUAUUCGAGAAACUACCCGUCGCCACGGUAUUGAGUAUCUACAGAGCCAACUAAUAUCUGAUAUAUUACAGAGCCAAAAUAAAGUAUCUAAAUUUGAUGAUGGAAUUAACAUAAUCAAAUCUAGAUUCAAAGGAAAAAAGGUUCUCAUUAUUUUGGAUGAUAUAGAUAAGAAGGAUCAACUAAAUGCUUUGGCCAGAGAACGUAACUGGUUUACUUCGGGAAGUAUUAUCAUUGUCACAACUAGAAAUAAAGCUGUUCUUGAUCAAUCUGAAUUCGAGGUAGACAACAAGUAUGAAUUGAAUGAAAUAGAUGAGAAUCAUUCUUUGCUUUUAUUUAACAGGCAUGCAUUUCGUAUGGACUAUCCUCCAAGGGAGUUUGAGGAUAUCUCUCAUAAUAUCAUAUCCACCAUGGGUGGCCUUCCCUUGGCUCUUGAGGUUACAGGUUCAUACUUGUAUGGUAAAACAGAUCCAAAAGUAUGGGAGGAUAUGUUGAGGAAAUUAAAAAAAGAGCCACAUAGAGAUGUUGAAAAGAUAUUGAAAAUAAGUUACGACGCAUUAGAGAAUGCACAUAAGGAGAUUUUUCUCGAUAUUGCUUGUUUCCUUAUUGGCAAAGAGAGCAAAUUCGCCAUUUACAUGUGGGAGGACUGUGGGUUUUAUGCAAGUUUAGGAAUUGAAGAGUUGAAGCUGAGGUGCUUAAUAAAAAUUGACAAUUAUGGUGAGUUAAGAAUGCAUGAUCAAUUGAGAGAUCUUGGAAGGAACAUUAUUCAAGAAGAAGGACCGCCUGAGAGACGUAGUAGGUUAUGGCUCUAUGAGGAAGCCUUCGAAGUACUAAUGGGAGAAAAGGCGGCAAAGCAGCUAAAAAUUCUCGACAUUACAUCUUGCGGUCGUUUAAGAUGUACUCCUGAUCUAUCCGCUUUCACAAAGUUGGAGAUUCUCAUCUUGAAUGGAUGUCACAUGUUGGAGCAAGUCCACCCUUCUAUUGGCAAACUCAAGAACCUUGUUUCCUUGGACUUGGGUAGGUGUUCCGGCCUCAAGGAGCUACCUGGAGAAGUAGGUGAAUUAGAAGAACUAAAAGAACUUAAUUUACGCCAUAGUCGUAUUGCAAAGAUACCCAUGUCAAUCGGUUCUUUGAGGAAGCUAGAGAAACUGACUGUUUGUUCGUCAUUGAGAGAAAUCCCCAGCUCGAUUGGGAAUCUUUCUUCUCUCCAACACCUUAACCUAGAGAGUUGUCACUCAUUGAUAGAACUCCCUAGCUCAAUUGGGAAUCUAUCUUCUCUCCAACACCUUAACCUGGAGGGUUGUGCGUCAUUGAUAGAACUCCCUAGCUCGAUUGGGAAUCUAUCUUCUCUCCAACACCUUAACCUAAAGGGCUGUGUGUCAUUGAGAGAACUCCCUAGCUCGAUUGGGAUUCUUUCUUCUCUCCAACACCUUAACCUAGUGGGUUGUGAGUCAUUGAGACAACUCCCUAGCUCGAUUUGGAAUCUUUCUUCUCUCUCACACCUUGAUCUAGAGGGUUUAUCAUUGGGAGAACUUCCUAGCUCAAUUGGGAAUCUUUCUUCUCUCCAACGCCUUGUCCUAGAGGGCUGUGAGUCAUUGAGAGAACUCCCUAGCUCGAUUGGGAAUCUAUCUUCUCUCCAACACCUUAACCUAAAGGGCUGUGUGUCAUUGAGAGAACUCCCUAGUUCGAUUGGGAAUCUUUCUUCUCUCCAAUGCCUUGUCCUGGAGGGCUGUGAGUCAUUGAGAGAACUCCCUAGCUCGAUUGGGAAUCUUUCUUCUCUCCAAAGCCUUGACCUAAAGGGUUGUGUAUCAUUGGGAGGACUCCCUAGCUCGAUUGGGAAUCUUUCUUCUCUCCAAUACCUUGACCUAAAGGAUUGUUGGUCAUUGAGAGAAAUCCCUAGCUCAAUUGGGAAUCUUUUUUCUCUCCAACACUUAGAACUAUGGUGUUGUCGCUCAUUGAGAGACAUUCCUAACUCGAUUGGGAAUUUACAAGAUUUGCAAUGUCUAGACAUUAGUUAUUCCACGAUCGAACAUUUGCCCAGUGGUAUUGGCAGGUUGAAAAAUCUGCGGAGGCUAAUUCUCAAUUUUUGUCGUAAUCUGAGAAGGAAAAUUCCAAGUGAAAUCGGUGAAUUGUCUUCGCUCGAGAUUCUCGAAAUCACUCACGCUCCGAUAUAUAACCUACCAGAAAGCGUCCAGAAUCUUUCUUCUCUCCAACAACUUAACCUAUGGAGCUGUAGCAACCUCCGGUCGUUGCCAGAGCCUCCUUCUGGCUUAACACAUCUGACGGUCUCUUGCCACAGUUCCAGGUUGCCACAACUUUCGCACCUAAUCCACCUUGAAGAACUUCGUCUUGAGGAAUGCAAUCUACUUGAAAACAUCCCAGAGCUUCCCUCAAGACCCUUAAGACUUUAUGUUGACUCAUGUCAUAAGCUGAUGCCUAAGCUUGAUGGAUUCAAGUACUUGGAAGUGUUGUCAAUAGUCAGAUGCAAUUCCAUUGAAAGAUUGGACAUUUCACAAUUAAAUCGUCUGAAACGAUUACACAUUGAGUGUUGCGAUAAUCUAGUUGAAAUUCAGGGCCAUGAUAAUUUGGAGUGCUUGGAGACGAUAGUUGUACGUUUCUGUAGGUCAAUUCAAAGCCUGAUCCUUCAAGAAUUAAAAUGUUUGAAGCUAUUAAAGGCCAACUUUUGUGGCAAUCUAGUCGAAAUUCAAGGUCUUAAUAGGGCGAAGUUCUUAGAGGUGUUGGAUAUCUCUAAUUGUGGAUCCAUUGAAAGAUUACCUCACCUAUCAUCCUUCGCAACCCUGAAAACAUUGAAAAUCGAUGGGUGUUACAAUUUACGUGAUGUUGACAACCUCCACUGA